GCCAGGCGCCAAGAUCGGAGCGGCGGAGUAUUUCAUUCAAGGAGCAUACUCACCUGAAGAUGCGGGUGGUUCUAGAAGCAUUUUCUCUGACCCGAGUCGAGUCUUUUCCUUCUUCGAGUUUCACGAAUCCAUAUUUUAAGGGUUCUUACCACAUUGCAGCAUUAUUCGCUAGUACCAUCCUUGGAUUUUUUUCCAGUAGGAAAAUAAGGGUCAGAGAUGAUCUGAAGAAUGCAAUGUCGCAACCUCUAAGUAUUCCGAUUUCUGCCUAAGAACCUGCAACCGUUUAGGCGAUCUCAAGAAGCAGAACGAAGCGCUCUGGCUGAGAUACAUCGGAGCAUUCGGAGAGCACAUCUGCAUACUGCAAAACCGUUUGCUCACCCGCGUAACUGGACUAAGCAAGACGUACGUCUUCUCGUGGACGAACUCCUCGCUGGUCCGUCCUUUCUGCAGGACAAGAUGCAAGAACCGAAAGAGACCAGAGAAACCGGUCUUCAGAAGUCUUCGCAUGAGACUCUCAUAGAUUCCCAAUGGCGGUGUAUUUUUGACGCUGGAGUCCGAAGUGAGGAGAACGCCUUGUUGCAACUGGAGAAUGAAGUUCUGGACACAGGAGUGGACCCUGACACAGUCCUCAGAUCUCUCCAAGCAGAUGGCGGCCAACUUUUGGCACUUGUGAUGGAUAUCUAUUUUCGCCUUUUCGUUCCGCACAUUUUAGUUGUACAUUCUUGUUCCACUAGUACGGCGGGUGCUACCAAUACUACUGGUACUACUAAUUCGUAUUCGAGAGUAGAUGUAGUUGAACCUGAUUUUACUGUGUCCUUUUGUCAAGAUCUCUUGUUGCAGCGUCUGGGAGCAGUGAAAAGGUAUCGACGACAUCAAUACGCGAAGAUGAAGGCUACAGCUUCUAGUGCCACUCCAACUACCACUAGUACAUCACCAUCCCCGUCAUCUCAGUUCUCUUUUGUGAGCCUGCUAACAGCAUGUAACAACAACUUGGACAAGUUGAUGAGUGCUUUGCGGCCAGGGCGUCCUCUUUCCUUGACGCAAGAGGGAUGGAACAGCGAAUUGGAGGAAAGCGCCCCAUGGCUCUUUGCAAAUCCACUUUUCGAAGACGAUGCAAACGAAAGGAGUACCAGAUCACCAAGUGGGACAUCAAGGAAGGCCACACGAGGACAUGAUGGAGGAAACAGAGCUCGCACUACGCCAAAUCUACCUGAGACUGACGGGAAAAAUGGUCAACAAGUCGAACCUGUAACAGGAAAAGAAUUACCCGCUACUGCUUUCGAGGCCCUUGAUCACUCUCAACGAGUUGUCGAACGAAAAAUGAAGAAUAUUAGCGGCCCUAUAUUGAGCUGUCAAAUGUAUCGCAUAUUGUACGGGCAGUGUGAGCCGAGUACCGUCCGGGUCGAUUGUGAGAGGCCGCCUCAGCAUCU